AUGCUUCACCCACCAGCUCUUUCCCUCGCAAGCCCAGAGGCAGUGCAAUGGAACAAAGACCUGAUGCAAGAAUUCCAAACUGCACUAGAGAAAGAUCCCGCGACGGAUUUGAUGUCCCUUUUUCCCUCCUCAUAUCUCCAUGCACAUCAGCUCACCCAAUAUAAGCAGCUAUCCUACGCCGCUCAAAUCAAUCUCAAGACGCUGAACCAGCUUCAUAACCAUCUCAAGCAUAAACCAGAAGUCGACCUACUGUCGAUCUUUCCGAAGAACUAUGCUCGCAGGAUUACCAUGGCGACAGGUCCGAAAAUUGUGCCACACGAGACACCAAAAGUUCGAUUCCCUGAGUUCCGUACUCGCCUGGACCUGGCACACUCGGCUACUGUCGUCUUUCCUUUAUCUGACCAAGUGGCUGCUUUGCUCACCCCUCCGGAAGACAGUACCGGAAAUUCCGAGACUCUCCUUCAAUCAUUGACACAUCUCCUCUGGAAUUCACCCCUGGUUUGGGAGGAGCCCAGUCGAGGAGUUGUGGUCAAAUGCACCGACGAGAUUGUCGUGAAAGUGAUCAUGGGAAACAAGGAGUAUACUGAGUAUACAAGCCUGCAAUAUCUUGCUGACCACCUGCCUGAUAUCCCUGUCCCAAAGCCCCAUGGUGUGAUUGCCUUCGAGCCAUUCCGGGCCGUGUUCAUGUCAUAUAUGCCCGAAAUGACCCUGACUCAAGCAUGGCCGACGAUGACCCACGAGGAGAAGCUAUUCAUCCAAAGCCAGCUGGAUCAUAUCUUCCGCCGCCUGAGGAGUCUCCGAGCACCGGAUGGCAGCGCGUUGGGAGGGGUCACGGGCGACGGGGCUAGGGAACUCCGAGUCGCGGAAUGUUCCUUGUUCAAGGGAAUCACGACUGCCACUGAAUUCAGCGACUUGCAGUUUUCCGCCCGCAAUUAUGGAAGUACGACAUACAUCAAGUUCCUACGUUCGCUCCUCGGACAGGACAGUUUGACCUCGGAACACGAAUUGGUCUUCACCCAUGGUGAUGUUAGGCCGGACAAUAUCAUGGUGCAGCGAGGUACGGAUCUCAAUCGUGGCUACACGAUCUCUGGGAUUAUCGAUUGGGAGUUCAGUGGUUUCUAUCCGGCGUAUUAUGAAUGUACGGCACUCACCCGCACGAUGAGUGUGGUGAAAGAAGACGACUGGUAUCAGUAUUUGCCAGAGAGCAUCUCACCAGCUCGGUUUCCUGUCCGGUGGUUGGUGGAUCGGCUUUGGGGGAUUCAUCUCGACACCACCUGA